AUGGAGUUCAUAUUGACGGAUGCUGAACACCGGCUAACCGCAGAGCGGCAGCUUAAAUACCAAGGUACCGCCAAAGUCAAUCUUGACCAGAUCUCUCUCCAGUCUCUGAGCAGCCGGGAGAUCGACCACCGAAAUGUGGAGCGAUUACGAGAGAUCUUUGCCAAGGACGGGUGUAAACGCCUCGACCUACGAAACCACGUGACUGCUGUGGUGCAACACCUGCAGAGAGCCUGCCACGCCACGGGGCUGACUCUAGAGGAACUAAAAUCUCGCCAACAACAGUAUCCACGCCUGAGCUUUCGUGGACGACAGGUAAAAUGCCUCCAUGGACAACAUAGACUCAAAGCUGCGGAGGAUUUCUCGUCCCCCUCUGACCGAUGGUGGACGGUCGACCUAUAUCUGGAUGAUAUUAGCCCCGACCUCCGGAAUGCCCUCGUUGAUGAAUAUGCCAAUGAGAAGCCCCCAACGGACGGGGAGGUGUACCGGAAGAUCCGUCAAUACCAACACGAAAGCAAUGCUCUCUUUCAGAAUCGCUGGUGGUCCCGGCUGUCGCCGAACAAAGCCAAGCGGUUACGGCGGCUCACGUCCCCAGACAAUACCUACCUCUGCGCCGCGUUUGAUGCGUUGCUUGCGAUCCCAGGGCUCUGGAAUGGGAUGAGCCUGGGAUCCUUAAACACCGUGAUGGCGCUGAAGUGUGACGAAGAGGUGAUUCAUUACUUGAGGCACGUGAAGAAUUUCUGGGCGACGCUGGUCAACCAUGACCGUGCUCAAAUGACCCGAAUCGAUCUACAUACGGUGGACACACUACAACUGUAUGCCCCUCGGGCGUCUACCGUUGAUCGGAAGAUCGUGAAAGGCAAAAUCCUCAGCGGCGAAGUGUUUUCCAACUUCAGCCGCUCGGAACGGGUCGCGAUCUGGGAGAGCCUACGGUCGCACGAGACGUGCGACGGCAUCAUCCCGUCCCUCCAUACCUUUUUCCGCGAUGUUUUGUACCUGGAAGUCUGUGCCAAUGCCGUCAAACGGCUGGUUACAUUGAACAAGCAGCACCCCACCAUUCGGCGUGCACUGAUGCACAGUUUUCGACCCGGUCCCGCUGACACGGAUUGUCUGAUCCAGACGUCUGAAACCACGUUCCGCCGACAGCCGGGGUCUAACGACGAACGACUGUCGUUAGCAUACCGCCAGAUCUGGCUGUAUGCUAUGCGACAUUACCCGGACAUGGCCAAGAAUAUCCAGGGUGGCCAGGCUGCCAACCCCGCCCGGGCAAAGGCGCGAGCGACGGCGGACGAGAGCGUGAUUCAUGAUAUGGCUACUCUUGCUCGGAAGCUGGGCUUUCAGACCACGCAGAUUAGCGCAAUCCUCCAGCAAUCGCCGGACCGGCAGAUCGCUCGGGCAGCGUUGCUCAAAGCUCAGAAGCCUGAUCGCUACCACUACGACCGAGAAACCUUCGAGUCCCUGAUCGAGCAGAUUACGGGUUGUUUUGCUCGCGCUAUUCCGAACGAAGACCCGCCGAUGACGCUUACCGCUGGCCGGGCGAUGAAAUUGAAAGACCGAUAUGGAAUUCCGCCUGAAUAUGCUCAGCCGCUGGACCGCCCGCAUAUCUUCCUAGACCAGCUACAUUCAGCCCCGAUGAUGCAAAGGAGCCUGUCAUCCUUAGAAGUGAGACAGAGCAUAUACUACGCCUUUUUCGGCAAGCCAUCCUCCCCAACAUAUAUGCCUUCUACUCCGCCAGCAUGGUCAUCGGCCAGCGAGCCGUCUUCGCCCCUGUUUGUUCCACGUGACCAUACACCCGCAGACGGACCGUUCGCUGAGGAUAUGUCGAUAAGCGGUCUGAGUGAAGGGUCAUCAAGUAGUCGUCGGGGACUGUCGGAAACUCGCGAAGACCAACCGGAAGGGCGGCGGCAGGGUCAACGGUCUUCGCGGCCGCCGACAGCAAUGCACCGUUCGUCUCAGGCCAGAGAGCUUUCGCCAGAGAGCUCCGCAGGAAGGGGAUCUCCUCCCGCUGCGGGUGGGACUACCGACCAUUGGGAUAGCUCUGACGCGGAAGAUCAGCCGGCCACUAGCGGAAGAAGAGAGGACAGAGUGGGGGAGGAUGACUGCACAGAAAUAGACGCAAACGAGAUUUUGCACCGAGCGGAGGGUGAGGAUUCUACGGCAAGCGAUCUCUCUGCGGUUGAGACGUCGAUUCCUGGAACACCAAUCGAAAGAGAUAUGUCGGAAGGACUGGAAGAGAGCGCAGUCGGGGGCGACGCAAGGCCGAGUGGGCCAAUGCGCAGGAACCGGAAUAGAGACGGAAUCUGGCAACCCUAUGACACUGCACGGAGAGGCAAUCGCCGUGCGGCCAGGACAGUCUCCCCAGAGGAAGACCGAGUUGCCAUCGGAAACUCCACCGACCGGGUCCCAAGCGCAGAGCACUUGCUCAGUCCAGAACCGUUGCAACCAAUCGGGGAAUACGACAGACUGGAACAGCCGGCAGAAGGAUCACAUACCGUACGCGAGAAUGGCACAUCAACGGGUGCGCCCCAGCGCGACGCUGCUGGAAAUGACGCGGGACACCUUGCCCAAACGGAGCAGCCAGAACCGCGAAGCCACGAAGGCGAAGAAUCCGUCUCCUUCCGAGUACCACCGUCUGAUGGUGCAGAAGGGAUAAGCGGGGAGCAAGUGACAAACGGCAGAGAGUCAAUCGCCGAUCAGGUUGAAAAACUUGUCCAGGAAGAGCGACACUCGCAGGAGCAAGCAGAUGCCCCAGCACGGCUAGAAGCAUCUCAAUCCCAUGCUGUCGCCCGCCGUGUCACCGAAAUUCCGGUAAAUUUGCCCCGUCUCAUCGCACAGUUGCGCCAAGGAAGCCAGCUUGAUGCAGGUGUACCUCCCGCCGAUGCAACAAGCGGUCCGAGGACCGGUCUGCAGCCACGUCAACCAGAAGGAGCAGUCCAUAAACUGAGGAAGAAUCAGACCACACGUCGAGAGAUCAAUCGGGCAGGUACUCGAGAUGCUGCCAUCGCCGAUGAGUUGUGGGGUAAUGACGCAGACGGUGAUGAGGCUGGAGGCAUUAUGGCAGGGGCUACUGGGUUUGCUCAACCAGAUAUUGAGCGGUUUCCCGCCGUUCUGCCCGAUCCGGAGCAGGCCCAACGGGAGGCCAUUGCAAGACAAGAAGGCGAGGAUCUCCUCUUUGAUACUCCGCAUACGAUACAAGAGGCAGACGACACGGAAAUGAGAGAUUCUGAAGAAGACCGCACUCCUGCGGUCGCUGCCGGGCCUAACCGGAAGGUCACGAAACCGUCUAAGAUAGCCAAGUCAAAGCAGGCCCGGCCGGGAGGAUCGUCUAAGGCGUCACGAGUCAAUUUGUCCUCCCGGCGACGAGCGGUCAAUUUCGAUGCUCGAGUGCAGGGAGAAGCCACACAGCUCGAUGCCACUCAGCGGGAUAUAACAAACCCCGUCAGCGCAGGUGUGAGGGAUGUGGUGCACGACAAAGCCAAUGAUCCGGCUGCCCUCGCUGUGGGUAAUAUCAAUAGUGAUCCUGCUGGCGGUUCGUCACCAGGAGGGCGGGUGACCAUCACCUUCCGCGCUUACCAGCAGAGCAAAUGGAUAGUGACAGACGCGGUCUCUGCGGAUGCCGUUAAUCCAUUUGAGGCGCAGGCCAUCGCCGACCGGUAUGCACGAGACCCGGAGCAGGAGGCCCAUUUCUAUGAUCGUUCACUACAGAAAGUUGCCGUGGACCAGUGUGUCCGCGCGGCGAUCGACGACGGAAGUUUCACGGUCUUCAUGGGUUUGGGAAGAGGCCUCGCAGUGACGCGGAACCUGGUGGCCUCGGUGACACAAUUACUCGAGAACGUUGGAGCCGCCGGGUCAGUCAUAGAGGAAGAGGAGUUGUAG